GAAGAUCCUGCGUCCAUACAUGUACCUAUCACUAUAUAAGGAGAUGAAAUAAUACAGUACAAUCAUACAGAUUGGAAACUGAAUUGGUUUCAAGAAAAAUAGAAGAUGAAGAUUUUGAUAGUUGCUGUCCUUGUGGCGUGCUUUAUGUCUUGCUAUGGCCAGAAGACUCAAUGCCUUUUAGAAGACCCAGUAGACAGGGAGAUUGAUGGGGGGAGUCGAGCCCAGACAACAGAUAUGAUGCAAAAGAUCGAUGCUGCUUUGGAAGAAAACACUGAAGUCAAAAAUUCAGUGAACGAAAUAUCAGCUGAAAGAGUAGAACCGAUCGAAAAUAAACACUUUGCCCUUGACACGUGUCCAAGGAAACUAGGUUUCAUCACUUUCGUUGUUGUUAACGAUGAAACGUGCUAUGUUGUGCUGCCGAAACUACAGAGGGUGACAUAUGCGAUCUGUGGAGUAAAUGAUUGCUAUGGGAGCAAAUUAUACAAGAGUACAUGCAUCAGAGAUGGAUGGACCAAGCUGAGGUUUUGGGUGUGGUGUCCAAAGCGUGGUUUCCAACUGGUUUCCAGGUGGUACCCACAAUGCUGUUCUUGCUACAGAUGGCGCAGUUGCUUCGAAUUCACAACAGCAUAAAUGGCAUUAAUCAAACCUGAACUGCUCUUACAACUUUUCGUUUUUAAACAGUUGUUUAACUUUCUUUAUUACAUAUUUGAUUCUUUUCAAUGUUUUUUUUUCUCUUAAAUUUGAAUUUUUAAAAAAAAAAUAAUUUGAAUAAAAUUU